AUGCCGUCCGCCAGCGCCUCGCUGUUGGGCCUGGCAGUCUUUACGUCGACGGCUCUGGCCAACAUCAACUUCACUUGGGUCCAACCAAGUUGCAGGGCGGAAGCUGAAUACACGGGAUGUCUGGCUGGACAGAUCUGCCGAGAGACGACUUGCGAACCAAUAUUCACUCCAUCAUUCGACCGAGUCGCGUCAGUUGAGAAGAGGACUGUCACCACCGAUGGCACAUGCGGUGCGGCACACAGCGGAACGGUCUGUGGCAACCGGCCAGAUGGGUCAUGCCGCUCGACAUACGGACGGUGUGGCUCAUCCUCGGCGCAUUGCGGCACCGGUUGCCAGAGUGGCAAUUGUAUCUCGGCACUCUCGACCAGAGCUUCUACUACUCCCAAAAUAUCGACAAAGUCGAAGACGUCGACCAGGGCUAUCACCAACGACGGCACCUGUGGCCUGCAGAACAACGGGGCCGUCUGUGGUGACUGGCCCCAGGGAUCCUGCUGUUCCUCGUAUGGCUACUGCGGCAACUCGACAGCUCACUGCGGUGCCGGUUGCCAGUCCGGCCCAUGCGUGGACGUGGGAGCUCCUUCUCCUGGCUCUGGCUCUACGUCUACCGCUACGUCUCCCGCUACUACGACGACGGGCACAGAACCCUCGUCGUCUUUGACCACCGACGGAUCCUGCGGUGCCAACUAUGGCGGGACUGUGUGCGGGGACUGGCCUCAGGGUUCCUGCUGCUCCAUGUACGGCUUCUGCGGAAACACAACAGGCCACUGCGGUGAUGGCUGCCAGUCCGGACCCUGCCUCAACGGUGCAACCACGCCCGCCCCUGGACCUAAGCCAGCACCUGUAAAUGCCAACCCAGGUACGCUCAAGGUGGUUGGAGAUUCUGGUGUGCCCGCCAUGCACGCUGGCCUGCUGCCGAAUGGUCGUGUCCUCUUCCUCGACAAGGUGGAGAACUACACUCAGCUCAAGCUCUCCAACGGCCAGUAUGCGUACUCUUCCGAGUACAACCCGGCUGACAACACGGUCGUUCCCCUUGCGUACAAGACAAAUGCCUUCUGUGCCGGUGGCAUGUUCCUGGCCGAUGGCAGAUUCGUCUCUCUUGGUGGCAAUGCCCCCCUAGAUUGGGUGGACCCGACUGUGGGUGAUGGAUUUGACGGAAUUCGCUACCUCGAACGAUCUUCCACGGACGCAAAAUUCAACGGCCAGGACUGGAGUGAGCCCGGCAACAAGCUGUCUAGCGCUCGCUGGUACCCGUCAGCCCAGAUCAUGCCCGACUCCACUGUCUUCGUCGCAUCCGGUAGCUUGAACGGUCUCGACCCCAACAAUGCCAGCAACAAUAACCCUACGUACGAAAUCCUCGACUCCAAGGGUGUUUCCAGCGGCAAGGCCAUUGCGAUGGAUAUCCUCGUGAAGAACCAACCCUACUAUAUGUACCCAUUCAUGCACCUCCUACCCAACGGCAAGCUGUUCGUCUCCGUCUCCAAGAGCAGCGAGAUCUUCGACGUCGCCAGCGGCUCCACGGUAACCACCCUCGCCGACCUCCCCGGACAAUACCGCACCUACCCUAACACGGGCACCUCGGUCCUCAUGCCGCUCUCCAGCACCAACGGCUGGACCGCCGACGUCAUCAUCUGCGGCGGCGGCGCGUACCAGGACAUCACGGCUCCGACCGACGCAUCCUGUGGCCGCAUGAAGCCCCUUGACGCCAAGCCAACCUGGGAAAUGGAUGCCAUGCCGGAGGGACGCUGCAUGGUCGAGGGGGUCAAUCUCCCCGACGGUACGAUCCUCUUCGUCAACGGCGCCAACCAGGGCGCGCAAGGCUUCGGCGAGGCCACGAAACCUACUCUCGAGACUUUGAUCUACGACCCCGCCGCCGCGCUGGGCGCGCGCUGGACCACGGGCGCCACGAGCACGAUUGCGCGGCUGUACCACUCCGUCGCUUUGUUGCUGCUGGAUGGUACCGUCAUGAUUGCGGGCAGUAACCCCGUCGAGCAGCCCAUUCUCAAGCCCUCGGCGCAGAACCCCUACGUGACCGAGUUCCGCGUCGAAAUCUACACGCCGCCCUACCUAGCCAACAACGCCGUCCGUCCUUCUGGCAUUACACUCUCGACACCAAAAGUUGCCACCGGGGCAGCCUCGACAUUCACCAUUUCCUUCACCGCCCCUGCAGGGGCGAAGAACGUGAAAGUCGCGCUGUACCACGGCGGCUUCGUGACGCAUAGUGUGCAUAUGGGGCAGCGCAUGCUGUAUUUGGAUAACUCGGGUUUCAAGGCCGGGGCGACAGCACAGACGGUUACGGUCAAGGCGCCGCCCAACAAGAAUGUGGCGCCGCCGGGGCCGUAUGUGGUUUAUGUCGUUGUGGAUGGGGUGCCGGGGGUGGGGCAGUUUGUGCAGGUUUCUUGA